CUCCUCCUUCUUUCCGCCAUUUUCCUCCGUUGGCGUAGCAGAGAGGGGUGUUGUACUAAUUCAGUAUAUGUGCUUUUGAGUUUCUCUUUCGAAGCGCAAGAAUCCCUAAUAUCAAAUUUUCUAGUGCAAUUUCCGUUUACAAGGCACUCAUUUGCGUAAGAAAAUGUCUAACGAGCAGGCAGAAACUACCACAGAGCAAGCAGGCCAGCAGCAGUUGUCGACGCCGCCGCAGCAGCAGCCGACUUCGCAGCAGGGGGAAAUGAAUGGAAAAGGCAAGAAUGAGUCCAAUGCCAGCAGGAAGGAAAGGCCCCAGAAGAGAGGUGGAGGUGGUCGCUAUGAGCCCUAUGGAAACGCAAACAAAAGAUACCGCGUUUUCGUCAGCAACAUCCCAUAUGAUGUGAAGUGGCAAGCCCUCAAAGAUCUGAUGAAAGAGAAAGUGGGUGAGGUAACGUACGUGGAACACUUAAUGGACGCAGAAGGCAAAUCCAGGGGUUGUGCUGUUGUUGAGUUCAGGACAGAAGAAUUGAUGAAGAAAGCGGUGGAGAAGGUCAACAAGCACAACCUCAACGGUCGGCCCCUCAAAGUGAAAGAGGACCCUGAUGGUGUGAUUUGCCAGCGGGAGAUCAACAAGGCCCAAGGUGGAGGCCCUCCAGGAGGUCACGGCGGAAUGGGUGGCAUGGGGGGAAUGGGAGGCAUGGGAGGAAUGGGUGGAAUGGGCGGAAUGGAUCGUAUGGGUCCUGGACCAAAUGGCCCCAUGGUCAACAUUCCUCCGAGCCUUUUGAAUAACCCGAACAUCCCCAAUGAGAUCAUCCAUGGUCUCCAGGCUGGCAGAAUUGGCAGCACUGUCUUUGUGGCUAAUCUUGACUACAAAGUGGGCUGGAAGAAGCUGAAGGAGGUGUUCAGUAUGGCGGGCAUGGUGGUGAGGGCGGACAUUCUGGAGGACAAGGACGGGAAAAGUCGAGGCAUGGGCACCGUAACAUUUGAUCUGCCCAUCGAAGCAGUCCAGGCUGUCUCAAUGUUCAAUGGACAGCUCCUGUUUAACAGGACGAUGCACGUCAAACUGGAUGAGAAAUCUCUUCCUAAAGAUUUUGGACCACCGGACAGAGCAGCUGCCCUUCCCCGUGGCCUGAGUGGUAUUGGCUUGGGACUGGGACCUGGGGGCCAGCCUAUUGAUGCUACUCAGCUCAACAGAGGUGGUGGUGCAGGGAUGGGCAACAUGGGUCCUGGAGGUAUGGAAGGAAUGGGCUUCGCCAACAUGGGAGGCCGGAUGGGAGGAGGAGGGAUGGACAACUUUGGAGGAAUGAACAUGGACCGCUUUGGUUCUUCAGGGAUGGGCAGGAUGAAUGAGAUGGACCGUGGGAUUGGUGGUGCUUUUGACAGGGAAUUUGGGCGAAAUGAAAUGGGAAUGUCUCGCAAUAAUUUUGGAGACUCCUUUGAAAGAGGAAUGGGAAGCUCGCUGGGAAUGGACCGCAUGGGUUCUGGAAUGGACCGCAUGGGAACCAGCAUGGACCGCAUGGGAGGAAUGGAUCGGAUGGGGAUGGACAGGAUGGAUCGCGUGUCUGAUCUAGAUAGGAUGGGUUCUGGGUUUGACCGAAUGGGCUCUGGGAUGGAUCGGCUGGGACCCAGUAUGGACAGGCUCGGACCUGGUCUAGAUCGUAUGAGUUCAGGCAUGGAUCGCCUCGGCCCAUCUGGAUUUGACCGCUUGGGCCCAUCUAGCUUGGACCGCAUGGGUGGUGGCGGCGGUGGCGGCGGCAUGGAUUUUGGCUCUCCGAUGGGAAUGGAUCGCAUGGGCAACACCGGAAUUGACAGAAUGGCGAGCAACUUCGACCGCAUGGGCUCUGCCGGAGGACUUGACCGUUUUCCAUCUGGCGGCCUUGACCGCAUGAGCUCUGGAAUUGACCGGAUGGGAUCUGGAGGUGUUGGUGGUCAGUUCGACCGUUCUGGUGACUUGGAGCGUGGAUUUGGCGGCAAUUCCUUUGGAGGAGCUGGGGCUGGAGGUCCUGGAGCCGGGGGAAGCAAUGUCAGGAAGGGAUGUCAGAUCUUUGUCAGGAAUCUGCCUUUUGACUUCACCUGGAAGAUGCUGAAGGAUACCUUCAACGCAUGCGGAAUGGUCCAGUAUGCUGAUAUUAAGAUGGAGAACGGGAAGUCCAAGGGCUGCGGUGUGGUUCGCUUUGACAACCCCGAAACUGCUGAGCGCGCCUGCCGGACCAUGAACGGCUAUCGCCUGAAUGGAAGAGAAAUUGAUGUUAGGAUUGACAGGAAUGCAUAAGUUGGGUGUCCGUGUUGCAUCUGACAUUUAUUUUAGUUCAUGAUCUCACUCUGUAUCCUCUGAACUGCCCCUUCCCCCAGUGUACUAUGUUAGAUAAAUGUAACAGUGAAACUCUUUAUUUUAGCCCUUUUCAGGCAUGGGAUAUGUGUCACAUGUUAAAAUCACUCUGACAUGGGUAAAUUUGACUUUAACGGUCCUCACAGCUUCAUUCAGGCUGAUCACCAUGUGUCCGAGUACCACUCAGUCUGAGAGAUCUUACUGCCGAUCAGAAAUGAAUUUGAGAUAUGAGGCUAAUGUUCAUGUUACUCUCCUUUAGGGGGUUCUCUAGUGAGCUCAGGAGACAUAACUCAAACAUUAGCUUGUGCUGUUAUUGCCUUCUUGAGUUUUAAGAAGUCAUUAUUCAGACAUGAGGCCAGCACGUUCAGAUGCUGUUACAGAAAUAAAACUAAAUGCAUGUCUGAAAUGGGCUUUAGUAACAUGUUGAUUGUCAAAGUGUUUGUUUUUGCUUCAGUUGAAAUUUUUAGACCAACUUUUAAUUUUUUAUUUUUUGUCCUAUCAUGCUUCCUGUCAUUGCUUUUGUUCUGUAAGGUGUUUUGAUAAAAUAAACCUCAAUAUUUGAAAAGCUUUCA